AUGAGUUAUCGUCACGUUGACGUUGACGUACUCCGGAACACUGUCCGUUUCCAGGUUUCCGGCCCUAGAAGAAACAGUGUCACCAGAUUUGAGAUUGUCCGUGCUUUGCUGGACUGUGAUGUUCCCGGGAGCGAUAUCAGGUCCGUUUUCCGGUGCGAGGCGCCGAAUGCUUGGUUCGCCACGGUGUCGUCAAUGGAACAGGUGGACGCUAUUGUGGACAAUGGCAACCUGGAGAGGGGACAGUUUUGUUUACGACCGGAGCGUUGCGACCAAAGACGGCUUACGAUCCGUGUCCAGUGGCUGCCAUCUUGGAUAUCGGACGAGGGCAUCGCCAGUCAUUUCGAUGGCAUUUAUGGCAAAGUGGUGGCUAUCGAAAGAGAGAAAGAUGAGUUAAGUGGGGUGAUGUUAGAGACUGGCACGAGGAUAAUAUCAAUGGUCAUCCGUGAGGGUGACCAAGAUGCCAUUCCCUACAGGGACAGGAUUUUUGGGAAGACAGCCCUGAUAGUUGUUCCAGGGAGACCGCCGAUUUGCCUGCGUUGUCAACAGGUAGGGCAUGUAAGGGCCCAGUGUCCUGGAAGGCCUGUAGUGACAGCGAAACAAUCAUACGCAGCGAAGGUGACCUCAACGGUGUCCCCAGAAGAAACCGUGAGCCCCUCGCCCGGAGGGAGCGGUAUGGAGACCGCGAGUCCCUCGCCCGGAGGGAGCGGCAAGGAUUCCACAAGCCCCUCGACCGGAGGGAACGGUUGCGAAGGACCUCAUCACACUGUAAAGCGCCCUGGAACUCAGAUGGAUCACGAGGGAUUCCAGAUGGCUAAGAAGGGGAAACACUCCGGUGCUUCCCCCGUCAUUUUGACCAAUGGGGACUUGGCCCCUGGUCAGAGGACCCCCGUUGGACCCCAGGAGGACGAGGCGAUGUCCGAUUCGUCGGAAGGUUUGCUCGUCAUAGAUGAGGAGGCCUGA